AUGGAACUCCGUGGUGUCUUGCACCGCCCCCGCGACUUCAUUCGUCAAAAACGCGGUAACUGGACGUUUCGUGAUCGAAAACAAUCGCGACCAAGUAUGGAUCAUGACUGUAUGAGAAGGGAUGAUCGACCGAUGAGUAUGAACCUGUCCGAGUCGCGUGGCGGGCGCAGCAAAAGCGAGACGGCUCCACGUCAAGUGGAAGUUCGGGUACCGGUAAAAAUCGAACGAGCCCCUCCUGCUGAUGAAUAUCGACGAACCAGACAGUUGUCAGAAACGGCUGCCGUCUACAAAAGUACGCGCGGCGAUAUUAGCAGAAACAAUAACCUGUUGAUGAUACGGCUGUACAGCACCGGGGCAGUAUUGGUCGAGGAAAGAACUACGGCGGAACAUAACAGCAAUCCCCUACGAAAAAGUUGUCCGGAUCUUGACGCCGCUGCCGCCGCCGUGUUGUCGACCGACGAACGCGGCGCGCGACGACGAAAUCGCCGAGCAAAGGAGAAGAUCAAAGAAGCGAGUUGGAAGCGAAAACCGGUUGAGGUC